AAUGGAACAAUCUCCUCUUCUCUUCUCCAUUGCCAUUUAUCUCCUUCUUUCCCUCUGCAAACCCUAAUUUUCCCUUGCUCUGUUUUCUUUUUUUCCUGAGAAACUUCAAAGCUCUGAUAAUUCACCUUGGUACAAAAACGCAGAGGUAGAAGAAUCUAAUUGCUUGUUCAUCUGAUACUCUGUUUUCUUUAUAUUAUAUCUCGUUCGUUUGGGUUAUGAUUCUUGUUGUUUCAAUGCUUCGUAAUUUUAAUUCCAUCAAUCACCUUUAUGAUCGACUGAUUUAAAAUGGAGAUGAGUCAGCUCGAUUCCGAUUUGCGUCUCCCUCCUCGAAAACGUUUACUUGCUGGUUACAUGAAACUAAACGGCAUCGGAUCUUCAUCAUCAUCAUCAUCAUCUACGUCUCCUUCGGCUGCUUUCCCUUCUUCUUCCUCAACUUCAAACUCAAUCGGAUCAUCCUCCUCCUCUGCUUCAACCUCUCGUUUCCACAGCGUCCAGAAUCAGUCACCGGAAGAGCUCGUGGAGGCAGCGAGAUCCGCAGCUGCUUCAGCCGUUAAAGCCGCAAAGGCGGCUAGAGCGAUAGCAAACGAGAAGGCGUUGUCUUCCUCAAAGGCGAUUGCUGCCGCCAAGAGGGCAUUGGAGCUGGUUGAUUCUUUCCCUAAACAAGCAAUGGCUGAUUGCAAUGAGAAGAAACAUGUCUCCGUAGUAGACAACUUGUCUUCAAAGGAUUUAGCGUGUAGGUUGCAGCGAGCUAUCGAGAAAAGGUACCCUAAAGUCUUGGCAACUCGCGAGGAGAACGGUCAAAUAAACAAGAAGCAGAAGACCGUAGCUGAUGGUGGGAGCAGUGUGACCGGUUAUGUGAAUGGUAUCGCUGGGGUUGUGGAUUCAGACAGCUCCUAUGACGGGUUAGAAUCAAACAGAAAGGCGUUCAAACCGGAUGAAGUGGAUUGGAUACGGACACCAGGGAAGGAGCAAAGAAGAGGGAGAGUGAAGCUAAAGAAGUUUCCUUUGAGCAUUUGCGAUUCUACCGAUCAAGAAAACGGUAUCUCCUCAUGCGUGUCUCCACCAGUCCAGGACCUAAAGGCUCCAGAAUGUGCGAACCAAAACAAAGCCAUACGGUCAUAGUGAGUUUUGUAUGCCAGAAGAAAAGACUUUUUGAUUCAAGUUUUGGUCAGCGUUUGCCAUUUUCAGUAGAAGAAGAAUCACAUUUGUUGUUUAUUCAUAUAUAUGAAUUGUAUUGCAAUUACGUUGUGUUGUAGAAUAAGGUUUGGUGGUAUUUGGAUUCAUAGACAGAGGACGAAUGUAAUGAAGUGUACUACUUUUUGUUGUUGUUGAAUAUUAUUCUUUCCUUUCAAAUUAAAUGUCAUUAAAUUUUUUUGACA